GAGAGAGAGAGAGAGAUCUGCAUUAUUCCUCCAGAAGCGGGACUGAGGCGGGAGUCCGCGAUAGAGGAACCACCUGCAGACAGAAGUCGCUCUCAUUCUCCAGCAACGCCUCAAUAUGUUACGGAUGUGAUUCAACACUGUAAACGACAAAUAUUUCCUUCAUACAGUGGGUGAACACACACUGUCGUGGAGAUGCAACAGUUCAAGAAUUUAUCGAUUUGUCUCAUUUCCCUUUUAUAUGGGUUGACAAUUGGAGGCUCUCCAAGUGUUCAAAUUGGGGGCUUGUUUCCGAGGGGAGCUGAUCAGGAGUACAGCGCGUUUCGGAUCGGAAUGGUUCAGUUCGGAACGGCUGAAUUUAGACUGACGCCUCACAUCGACAAUCUGGAAGUAGCAAACAGUUUCGCUGUAACUAACUGCUUCUGUUCUCAGUUCUCAAGAGGAGUUUAUGCUAUUUUUGGAUUUUAUGACAAGAAGUCAGUGAACACAAUAACGUCGUUCUGCGGGACACUGCACGUCUCCUUCAUCACACCAAGCUUUCCCUUGGACGGAAAUCAGCAGUUUAUCAUUCAGAUGCGACCAGACAUCAAAGGGCCUCUCCUGAGUCUCAUUGAGUACUACAAAUGGGACAAGUUUGCCUACCUGUACGACAGUGACCGAGGACUUACCACUCUCCAAGUUGUGCUGGACACAGCAGCAGAGAAGAAAUGGCAGGUGACCGCCAUCAAUGUGGGCAACAUGAAGGAUGACAGGAAGGAUGAAGCAUAUCGCUCACUCUUUCAGGACCUAGAAAACAAGAAGGAGCGCAGAGUGAUUCUUGACUGUGAACAGGACAAAGUUAAAGAUAUCAUGGAACAGGUCAUAACUAUCGGCAGGCAUGUGAAAGGAUAUCACUACAUCAUAGCAAACUUGGGUUUUGUGGAUGGAGAUCUUUCAAAAAUCCAAUACGGUGGAGCUAAUGUCUCAGGCUUUCAGAUUGUGGAUUUCGAUGAACCUCUGGUAUCCAAAUUUGACCAGCGCUGGGAAGCCCUGGAGGAAAAAGAAUAUCCUGGAGCAGACAACAAGAUACGGUACACUUCAGCACUGACAUAUGACGCCGUUCAGGUGAUGACUGAGGCCUUCCGUUAUCUGCACAAACAGCGAAUUGACAUCUCGCGUAGAGCUAACAAUGGAGACUGUCUGGCCAAUCCUGCUGUACCUUGGGCACAAGGGGUGGAGAUAGAGCGUGCCCUAAAACAGGUGAGAGUUGAUGGUCUCACUGGUAAUAUUCAGUUUGACCAAUACGGAAAAAGGGUGAAUUACACAGUCAAUGUCAUGGAACUGAAAAGCAAUGGACCGGUUAAGAUUGGCUAUUGGAAUGAAGUUGACAAAAUGGUUGUGACAAAGUCUGAUCUCUUCCCAAAUGAUACAAUGGGGCUGGAAAACAAGACUGUGAUCGUCACCACUAUUCUAGAAGCACCUUAUGUAAUGCUAAAGAAGAAUGCUGACCUUUUUGUGGAUAAUGAAAGAUAUGAGGGGUACUGUGUGGACUUGGCAGCUGAAAUAGCAAAACACUGUGGAUUUAAAUAUCAGCUGAAAAUAGUAGGAGAUGGCAAAUAUGGAGCCAGAGAUGCAGAGACGAAGAUCUGGAAUGGAAUGGUUGGAGAGUUGGUUUAUGGGAAAGCUGACAUAGCAGUGGCUCCACUGACUAUCACUUUAGUCAGAGAAGAAGUCAUCGACUUCUCAAAGCCAUUCAUGAGUUUGGGCAUCUCCAUCAUGAUCAAGAAGCCUCAGAAAUCCAAGCCUGGUGUUUUCUCAUUCCUGGACCCACUGGCCUAUGAGAUCUGGAUGUGUAUCGUGUUUGCCUACAUCGGCGUAAGCGUGGUGCUUUUCCUGGUCAGUCGCUUUAGUCCAUAUGAGUGGCACACAGAGGAGUAUGAGGACGGCCAGAUACAGACUAACGAGUCAACCAAUGAGUUUGGGAUUUUCAACAGCCUUUGGUUCUCUCUUGGAGCUUUUAUGAGACAGGGCUGUGAUAUUUCACCAAGGUCUCUUUCUGGUCGCAUAGUUGGAGGAGUCUGGUGGUUUUUCACUCUGAUCAUAAUUUCAUCCUACACGGCUAACUUGGCUGCCUUCCUAACAGUGGAGAGGAUGGUGUCUCCAAUUGAAAGUGCAGAAGACUUAGCAAAGCAAACAGAGAUUGCUUAUGGAACUUUAGAUUCUGGUUCAACAAAAGAGUUUUUCAGGCGAUCCAAAAUCGCUCUUUUUGACAAAAUGUGGACGUACAUGAAAAGUGCAGAGCCCUCUGUAUUUGUUAAGACGACGGCAGAAGGUGUAAUGCGGGUGAGGAAGUCCAAGGGGAAGUAUGCAUACCUGCUGGAGUCCACCAUGAAUGAGUACAUCGAGCAGCGCAAACCCUGUGACACUAUGAAGGUCGGAGGAAACCUGGACUCCAAAGGCUACGGCAUCGCCACCCCCAAAGGAUCCUCAUUAAGAAAUGCGGUUAACCUCGCAGUACUAAAACUGAAUGAACAAGGCCUGUUGGACAAAUUGAAAAACAAAUGGUGGUACGACAAGGGAGAGUGCGGCAGCGGGGGAGGUGAUUCCAAGGAGAAGACCAGCGCUCUCAGCCUGAGCAAUGUGGCUGGUGUCUUCUACAUCCUAGUGGGCGGCCUGGGGCUGGCCAUGCUGGUGGCCUUGGUCGAGUUCUGUUACAAGUCCAGAGCCGAGGCCAAGCGCAUGAAGGUGACCUUUUCGGACGCUAUGAGGAGCAAAGCGAGACUGUCUAUUACUGGAAGUACUGGCGAGAAUGGACGUGUGAUGAGUCCUGAGUUCCCCAAAGCAGUACAUGCGGUGCCCUUUGUUAGACCUGGUGUGGGAAUGAACGUCAGUCUGACUGAUCUCUCCUGAUGGAUAAGAACCUGCCGAGUGCCUUACACAAUGGUUUUCAAUAGAGCGCGUUCUAUUCUCUCUCUCCCCUAUCUCUCGCCUGAAUGGAGGACGGGGGCCUCAUUUGAUGACAUAGAGACAUAAUCCUUCCUUGGCCCUUUAUAACAAAAGAUGCACUCUUCUAUUGGAAAUACGCCGACUGACACAAAGACACUUGCAUAGCGAGCUCAUGACAUCUACCCCCGUAACGGAUAUUUUGACGACAAACUCAUAGAAGCUCUUUGUGGGAAAGAAAGAAGUUAAUAAAGUCUGUCUGUUUUCGUAGCUGACGCCGUUCCAAUGUCUAUUUCGGCUCAAGCACACUUUACCAUCGUCUGCUUCAGGAUGUGAAAUGUCUUUUUAUUAAUAAAACGAACAAAAAAAUCUCUAUGAAAAAGUAUUUUUAUGUAUUUUCACAGAAAUGGCUUUUAAAUAAACCCGCUUGCAUACCAGUUAAUUAAAGCUGUAAAUCAUAAUCUUGACAUACUUUUAAGAGCUUAGCUACUAGUUUCACAUUUUAAUGCCAAAUAUGUUGCUUAUCUUGUAAUUUAUUAGUCCUCUUCUGAUAUAUUCAUUAACAUUUUGGUGUUAAUAUGAAAUAUCUAGCAAUGCUUGACAUUUGAAAUCUGUUUGAAAAGUGGGUGCCGCAGUUAUGUUCUCUUACUUUCAUCGACUUGUUUGGAUUCAAGAAUCUGUUUGUAUUUUUUGUUUAUUAAGAAAAUCAGGGUAGUGGUUAUAAUAUUAAAAAAAUAAAAAGUGUUUACAAUAUGAACUUAAAAAGGAAAAUGUAAAAAAAAAGUACCUAUUGUAUUAUUAUUGCAUAUGUUUUGCUGUGAAAUGAAUAGAAGCAUACACAUCAACAAAAUGCUCUGUUAAAAAUGCCAAAUAAUUAAGUGUGCCAAAAUUAUUGAUAAAUAUAGUCAUAUAUUAACCUGUCCUCAAUGUGAAUGUAGUCAAUACAUUCUGUAAGUUUUGUUACUAAAUGUACAGUUGGAUGGUAUACACAGUGAUUUAUCAAGGAUUUUAUUUACAUUUUUGCUGGUUUGUUUUUACCUUAUUGCAAAUUUAGCAUUUAGACCACAGUAUGGCUUUUUUACAUUUUCACUCUGGAUCUAGAAUUAGUUUUUUCAAGAUUCCAGGAUGCAUACAUUUUUCAUAAAAGGCAAGAAAUGCUGUAUUACAGGCCAACACAUCUAUGCUUAUUCUUAAGUAUUUAUGAAACCUACUACAAGAGAACAGUUUGUUUGAUAAUGAUAAUAGUCCACAGUUUAUUAUAUCGCAGUUAAAUUACUAUUUCCUAAAAAAAGAAAUGGCAACUAUAAGAGUUAACACUUGAUAUUGCAAUAAGCCGAGAUUAAAAAAAAAAAAGAUGUCCCCAAAAGUGAGAGUACAUAUGUAAACUCAGAAAAUUAUCACAGUUAUAUACAUUUCUGUAAGAUUUUUCCCUCUUCUCACUUCAGCCUUUCUCUUCUCAGCCUUCCAUAAUAGACUGGGAGACUAGUUAAGACUUUUGUUUUUUUUUCCCUGAUAUAAUUACUAUUAGUUGAAUAAGACCAUGUUAUUUUAAGGACCGCUCUCUCUACCAUUUUGUAAAUGAAUGUGUGCCAACUUGUUUAUUUUUUGGGAUCCUUUCUAAAUAAAAGCUGACUAAUAGUC